AUGGAGAUACAGUUUAACGGAAAGAGAGCUCUGGUGACAGGAGCAGGCAGAGGGAUUGGACGGAGUAUUGCACUUAAACUUGCAGAAUGUGGGGCCAAAACAGUAGCACUGAAUCGAUCACAGGGAGAUUUGGAUAGUUUAAAAAAGGAGUGUCCAUCUAUUGAGACUUGCCAGGUUGACCUCAAUGACUGGUCAACUGCCCGAACGGCCAUUGAGGCCCUGGGCCAUUUCGACUUGUUGGUAAACAGUGCUGGUGUUUCCAGGGUUGGCCCCUUUCUAGACGUCAAGGAGGAGGAUUUCGACUUCGUGUUUAACACGAACAUCAAGGCCCUGUUUAAUGUGUCUCAGGCAGUUGCUCGAUCGAUGGUGAAAAACAAAAGUGGUGGAGCUAUUGUCCAUUUAUCUAGCGCUGCUUCCAAGCAGGCCAUCAAGGAUCAUGCGGUGUACUGCUCCACAAAAGGGGCAGUAGAUUCUCUGACUUCUGUGAUGGCUCUGGAACUUGGGCCCCAUAAGAUCCGCACAAACUGUGUGAAUCCCACGGCAACCAUGACAGCCAUGGGAUUGUAUGCCUGGGGUGACCCUGUCAAAUCAAAACCUCUGCUGGACAGAAUACCUCUUGGGCGUUUUGCAGAAGUAGAAGAUGUUGUCAAUGCUGUUGUCUGGUUGCUAAGUGACAAAGCCAGCUAUAUCAAUGGUGCCACGCUGCCUGUCGAAGGUGGCCUGCUUGUGGCCUAG